CUGGCGCACCUCGAAGCAGCGAUCUUUGCACUGUUGAAGCAUGGCGAGCCAAGUCGCCGAGAGCUCGCGCAGCAUGCAGCUGCCACGCGCCGCGCCGUCUGCCACGUACACGCCUAUCCUCGUCAACAUGAGCGAGGAGCUGAUCCUCCUGGUCUUUGGCUAUCUCACGCCGGCGUCGAUCCUCACAACCAUGCAACUCUCCAAGGAGUGGCGCGACAUCUGCCGCUCGGACCGCCUUUGGUUGCCGCUGGUCCGUCGUCGCUGGCAGCUGCCACCGCGCAUGAUCAAGCUGCACCGCUACGGCGUGCACUCGUACCUCGGGCUGUACCGGCAUCUGCAGAUCUCGGAGCAAAAACCGCAUGGUCUCUACUCGACGGCCGACAAACCGACGUGGGGCCACAGCUACAACGGUGGCGUUGAGACCUGGCUCACGCUCGGGCACCGCGCCGACUGCAAGACGCUCCCGAUCGGUGCCAAGACGUACGUCCAGCUCCGCGUCAUCAUCCAGAACCUCUCUUCGUCGCAUGUGCACAUUGACGCUGCAGCCAUCCAAGUGCACUACAAGGACGGGUCCAAGCGGUCGGCGGUGGCUCGCCACCCGAUGGCGCACGCGAUGCUUCGCAUGGAGCCGCGUGUGCUCGCGUCCAAUGGCGUUGCCUCGGCGCUUGAGGCGUCGAUGGUCGAAGGACGAGCCGUGCUGCGGUUCAUGGACUAUUGCGUGGUCGGUCUCUAUGUCGAGUGCGACGACGGCUGCGUCUUCGAAUCCGACUUUCUGGAGCAUGCGUUUGCCGUGUGGGUGCCCAUGAAGCGGCGCGGCCAUUGCAACGACCUCUCUCGCUGCCGGUGUGCGCUCAUUCCGGACCAUUACCACCACUUUGGCUCGAUCUUGAGCAUCGUUGACGAGUCCAUCAUCUGGUCCCGCUACUCAGAAUUCGCCGGCGGCUUUAUGGUGCUCAACUGCAAGGACCGCCGACACGUGGGCGCUGCAGGCCACGGGUCCCCACUGCCGACGCGCUACCUCCUCUAGUCUUGUCUUCCUUUCUUGAUGUAAGUCCGUAUACGUGUAUAUGCGAAAAUAUACUACCAACAAUUGCAGUUCCCAA